UGAUAUAUAGAAUUAUAAUAUAUUCCAAGGUUAAAAUAUACAGAUACACAGUGUCAGUAACCAAUCAAGGAAAUUUAUACUUUAGUUCAGAUGACUUAUAAUAUUAUGUACAUAUUUCCUUCAUAGGUAGGAAACGCGUUGUUUUCAAGUACGUUUGACCAAACAACACCUAUGUUGAAUGAUGGAGGAGAAAAGAUUUCUUGACAGAGUACUGAAGAUUGUCAAAGAUGAAACAGCUUCAAAUGUACCACUUAUCGAGUUCAAACAUCCGAAGGAGUUAGAGGAAAUACUCAAAGAUGACAUAAGCAUAUCUGAGCCGGUAUCUGACCAUCAACUAGAAAAGUCUGUGCGAAAAGUGUUACACUAUAGUGUGAAAACGAAUAAACCAACUUUCAAAAACCAACUGUAUGGCGGGACUGAUCCGUAUGGCCUUGCGGGGACUUGGAUCGCUGAGGCCUUUAAUACUAGUCAAUAUACAUACGAAGUGGCCCCAGUGUUCACUUUGAUAGAAAACAAAAUGUUGAACCACAUUCUCAAGUUAUUUGGUAUCCCCGAUGGUGAUGGCAUUUUCAGCCCCGGUGGCAGUAUAUCUAUGCUGUAUGCUAUGGUUGCAGCUAGGUUCAAAGCCUUUCCAGAAGUAAAAUCAAAGGGAAUUAGGAAUCUGCCAGAAAUGGUUAUGUAUUCAUCGGAGAGCUGUCAUUAUUCUAUAAUGAAAGCUGCGCAUUGGCUUGGUCUUGGCACGGAAAGUGUUCGGCUAAUUAAAAGUAAUCAAUGUGGACAAAUGGUUAUAGAAGAACUUGAAAGGGCUAUGAAAAAUGACAUAAUUAGUAAUAAAGUACCAAUAAUGGUCAAUGGCACUGCCGGCACUACAGUUUUGGGGGCCAUAGAUAACCUGGACAAAAUAGCUGAUAUCUGCGCUGAGCAUGGUGUUUGGAUGCAUGUUGAUGCAUGUUGGGGAGGCAGUCUAAUGCUAUCACAAAAGUUUCGAACGAAAUUAAAAGGAAUAGAGAGAGCAAACUCCAUUUCAUGGAACCCUCAUAAAAUGGCUGGUGCACCUCUGCAAUGCUCCUUAUUCCUUUUGAAGGAAAGGGGACUAUUGCAUGAAGCAAAUUCAGCUGCAGCGCAGUACCUUUUCCAACAAGACAAGUUCUAUGAUGUCCGUUACGAUACAGGAGACAAGAGUAUACAGUGUGGAAGAAAGAUAGACGCAUUCAAGCUGUGGAUGAUUUGGAAGGCGCGAGGUGAUAUAGGACUGAACCAAAUGACAGACUAUAUCAUGGAGUUGGCUGAGUUUUGUUUGGAGACAGUUGCCCUUAGACCAGGAUUUCGUCUCGUGUCUGCUCCUUUACAAUGCCCUAACGUAUGUUUCUGGUAUAUACCAAGCUUUAUGCGGCACCAGGCUGAGGAUGAGAAGUGGUGGGAGCUGAUGCAUAAGAUAACGCCAAAAAUCAAAGAAAUCCUGAUGACAAGUUCACGUAUGAUGAUUGCUUACUCCCCUCAUAAAGAACACAAAAACUUCUUCCGACUCGCCUUCACCUUUCAUCCAAAACUUACAGAGAAAGAUGUUAUGGAAAUGUUACAGGCAAUAGAGGACUGUGGAGAAAUGACCACAAUUGAAAAUUUGUAAAAAUAUCGCCAAUAACGCAGUGUAUUCAAAAUAGGUGAAAAACUUAAAAUGCUCACUUGAUUAAUACCUUCUAAUUUCAGUACUCUCAAAUCUCUAAAAGUAUUAAUAUACUUUAAUAAUUUAAAUAUAUGUAUUUGAAUGUAAGUAAUAAUCGAAAAUGGUUAAAAUUAAUUAUUGUUUUAUAUUAAAAAUACAUAUAUACUGUUUAAAAACCCGUUCUGUCACGAAGGACUAAAAACAUAUAGAGAGUUAAAAGUUUCCCUAUUGAACACAAUUAAAGAGUUAAUUUAAAUAAAAGCUUUCAAAAUAUGA